GUUACGUCAGUGAUGUAUGAAUCGCAAGGCUGGAGGAUGGGUUACAAAUCUCAUGCACAGACGUUGGUUCCUUACAAAUCUGCAUGUUUCGAGAAUUACCUUAACGGUUUCUUUAUAAAGAUUUUUCUUCUUAUCUGAUCGAUUUGCAAGUAUAUAUAGACUAGAUCGAAGCGUCAUUGAUAGUCGGCAUUAUCAUCAAACUCAUACAAUUCGAACCUCUACACAGCAUCUUCACAGCUUCAACUUCAUACUUCACAAUGGCUCAAUCUAUUCCCAAGACUGUCAAGCAAUGGACCAUCCCCUCCCGUGAUGGAAAGGACUUCAGCGGUCUGAAGUUCAGCGAGGAGUCUGUUCCCGAGCUCGGCGACGGCCAAGUCCUCGUCAAGAUCCAGGGUGCUUCCCUCAACUACCGCGAUCUCAUCCUCCCUCUCGGAAAGUACCCUUUCCCCGCCAAGGACGGCGUCGUCCCCGGCUCCGAUGGCGCCGGCACUGUCCUCGCCGUCGGCAAGAACGUCACCCGCUUCCGUCCCGGCGACAAGGUCGUCACUCUCUUCAACCAGGGCCACAUUGGCGGAUCUCUCGACCAGCUCAGCAUCCAGACCGGUCUCGGUGGUGUAACUGACGGAACCUUCCGCACCGUCGGUGCCUUCGAUGAGCACGGCCUUGUCCCCAUGCCCUCUAACCUCGACUUCCACGAGGCUGCUACUCUCACCUGCGCUGGUCUCACUGCCUGGAACGGUUUGUACGGUCUUGAGGGCAAGAAGCUCCUCCCCGGCCAGUGGGUUCUCACUCAGGGUACUGGUGGUGUUAGUAUCUUUGCUGUUCAGUUCGCCAAGGCUGCUGGUGCAAAGGUGAUCGCUACUACCAGCUCUGCUGAGAAGGCUAAGCUUCUUGAGAAGCUUGGUGCUGACCACAUCAUCAACUACCGCGAGACUCCUGAGUGGGGAGCCAAGGCCAAGGAACUCACCGGCGGUGCUGGUGUCGACCACAUCAUCGAGGUUGCUGGUCCUACAUCCAUGAAGCAGUCCCUCAACGCUAUCAAGAUCGACGGUGUCAUCUCGAUUAUUGGCUUCGUUGGUGGCACUGAUAAGAGCGACCCUGGUUUCCUCGACUGCCUUUCCAACCUCUGCACCACCCGAGGUCUCCUUGUUGGAAGCCGUGCCCAGAUGGAGGAUAUGUGCCGUGCUGUUGAGGCCAACCCUGAUAAGCUUCGACCUGUCGUUGACCCCAAGAUCUUCUCUCUGGAGCAGCUCCGUGAGGCUUAUGAGUACCAGUGGUCUGGCAAGCACCAGGGCAAGGUCUGCGUCAAGAUUGACUAAGCAAUGAGUUAUGAUAAUAUAUUGCCGGGCGACAUGAGUCUUUGGCUUUAACGUAUAAUACAUAGAAUUAAUAGAUACCACAUUUUCAGCAUGACCAA